CAGAGGGCGGGGCCCAAAGGGCGGGAAGGGCUCCAGAGGGGUCUGCGCUGCUGAGGGGAAAAGGCGGGAAAGUAAUCGCCGCCUGUAAUUAGCGCAAUUAGAAGGGGAAGAUUAUAGCCAACACUUCCGAAAGGCUGGAAUAAAACUCUUCAGCGCCCUCUGAAACGCCUGGUGUUACAAGGCUGGCCUUACAGAGAACCGGCGCCCUGAGACGGGAAGUGUUUGAGCUGGGUCUCCAGAUACAUGGAAUACACGUUUGGGUUUACGAAUAAACAAACACUGAAGCACACAAACAGAGACUGCCCCAGCACAGCACUACAGCCAGCCCCACACUGAGCCCAGCAGGCGCUGAGGGGCUCAAACAGGGCAGCGAGGCCUGACAGAAACUCAACAACGCAUUUAGAUGUGUGGAUAAAGCGGGCUCCAGUCCCCUCCAGGAUAAAUGUGUGAGACCAGCAGAACAAUGACAUCCAUUGCAAGGACCAGCUGCACCCCCGUCCCAACCCAGAAGCACAGAGGCAGUAACCAUCACUGCAGACAGAGCUGCAGCACUGUGGACGCAGAUUCCCAGUCUCUGUCUACACUUGGGUACUUUAAAACACUGCCAUUAGAGAUCUUUCAAAUGCUGCUGAGCUAUCUCUCAGUGAAGGACAUCAGUGUGCUGAGCAUGGUGUCAAAAGCCAUCAGCAACCGCCUCAUUAAUUACAUCUCAACCCCAUCAGGAAACCGAAGGCUCUUACUGCAAGACUUCCAUAACAUCAAGCUGCCUGGCAGGAGAGAUGGAUCCUGUAUCAUGGAGCACUACAAAUCUCUAGGAUUGUUGCUUAAGAGAUGCACCCUUCUGUUGCCUACCAAAGACAGGCUGAAGUACAUACACAAGGUUCUCUCUGAAGUUUCCUGCUUUAAACUCAGCGGCUGUCCGAGUCCUUUGCACUGUGUAGGAUUACAAUGCUACGGGGUAUUUUUGCAGAUCCUAAUAGCAGGCUGGGAUGAGUUGGAGUGUCACCGGGUCUUCAACUUCCUCUGCGAGCUCAGUAAUUUACCCCGUAAAGUGCAGGCAGUCGUCAGCUGCAAGCCAGGAAGUGCCAGGAAGCUGGAGCUGAGGAUCAGGCUGUUCUGCAGGAGCGUCCUGCUGAACCACUGGGUUCACCGCAGCGACUCUGCCUUCUGGUUGACUCGGAUCUUAAAGCCGUGGCCAAUGGUCAACCAAGCUCGCCUGCUGUACAUCAUCUUUGGGCCAGUGUCCUCUCUUGAUGGUCACGUGGUUUGGCAGAAAAUGAUAGAAGGACCAACAGAUGAAACCAGUCUGAAAGGUUUAGCAGAUGCCAUUAAGCUCCUGUACGAUGCAGAAGCGAGAGAAUGGACGGCAGACGAUGUUAUCAGCCUUGUGGAUGAGCUGUCAGUGGUUCCCCGGGAGUGGCUGCUGGAGAACAACGCUCGGCUCCUCAUUCUGAGUGGAAACAACAUUUGCUUCACUUUCAUGGCCAGCAAAGCUGUGAAUGGGAGAGCUGUGGAGUUAGCCAGACUUGUGGUCUUCCUGGCCUUGGUCUGUGAGAAGGACCUGUACUGCAUGGACUGGGCAGUAAAAAUGAUGCAGAAGGUCUGCAAAGUUUUCAGCACGCCAGGAGAGAGAAACAUCUUCCUGCAGAGCGUGGAGAACUCCUUUGCUCACAUGGUCAUGGACAUGCUGCAGGCAGUGCUGGCCGGGAAUCGUGACCAAGAGGACAUCAGCUUUCUGAAUCUGUUCCACCUUGUAAACGCACAAGCUAACUUCCACAAGGAAAUACUCUACCUGACCAUGAGAAGUGGCAACAACACCAUUUGAUGCUGAGGAGUUCACAGACUCUUGCUCUGCUCCUCUGGAGCUCUGCCCCUCACGCUCAGCAGCGCUGAGGAAGUGGGUCAGGGCCCUUUGCAUUGGGAACAUAAACCACAUUCUUUUCCCACUGAGUAUGUUUGCAGACGCAAUAAAAAUGGCACAGUUUUCACAUUUGAUGCACAUGCACGAAGCAAAGAAUGUUAUCUUAGGUCAGAACCGAAAACAUUUUGAUCUUUUAGUUGUGUUUUCUCUUGGGAAUCCGGCGAGAAAAAAAAAAAAGAGAGAAUUAGAGAAGCACAGCCACAUUUUUCCAGUCUGCCAGUCCCUCUGAGUAACUCUUGCGUUGUACAACAGAAGAGCCCCACGCACUGCAUGUUCAGUUGUGGCAGAAAGAGGUGAUUCCCAAAAGAAACUGAACUGCUUUGACUACGUGAGGCCUUUUCAUUGUUCUCCUUCCCAAAACUGAAGGUGCCUUCAGGUCCUUCCCCUGCCUCCGUAGUAACAGAGCUGUUUUUAUAACCAUUACUAAGUUAACAGCAUGUUGAACACACGUAGGAUAAGAUCCCCAUUUCAUUUAAGUAUGUCAACGUUUGCUACUUACAAAAACCUUUGGUUUUCUGCUCUAUUGCCUUCACAACAAACAUGUAAUACGAAAUAAAAGCACUUUGCUGUGCACUGCUUACAACGCAGUUAUUUUCUUUGGGUCACCACAGAUUCUCCUCCGCCUGAAUCACUUCUCACACCUUUCUACGCUCCUUUAGGACUGGGUCUCUGCUGCAGGUUGAGCUUUUGAAAGCUGACCUUCAGCUGAUGGGUACGGCUGGACUGAUCCCAGUUUAUCUCAGCUGCCCUCUCUGGAGCUCAUCAGUCUGACAAGAGCCCUGUGAUGGUUUUCCGGGAGGUUAAAGAUCACCGAGGCCUUUUUCCAAUGCGCAGUGAGUCGGUGGCAGAUCCCUGCUGUGUGCCGGUAGAUGGCAGAGGUGAAACCUUUCCCUGCGAGCGGCAGCUCCUGCUGGAUCCCAACCUCUUCCUCCCGUCUGUUUGAAGGCUUAACCCCAAAGCGAGCUGCAGUCCCGCCGUGGUGCUGUGGCUGAUUGCUGGAUCUGACGGAGCGAGGUGCAGGGUUGUCCGAAGCCUCACUGGCUGCACAAAGCACAAUCCACGUCCGCCCUUUGGCUCACUGGCAGCCAUUGACAAAGCUGAAACGUCCGAGCUGCCAGCACCAGCUCUGCCUUGCUGCAGACCCUCCAGGAAUGCACGUUUGCUGCAGCUGCCAAAUGCAGGUGAUUUACAGCAUUACAACCAGUAACUCUUUCCCUUUCACUCGCAACAGCUCAGCGCUUGGGGCUAGUUUGGGAUUUCUGCAGUGCUCAGAUGUGUGCCAGCGCUUCCAGCAGACGGAGCCUUUUUUUCCCAAAGGCUCAAAGCCCACAGGCUUUAACUGAGGGGUCUGUGAGACACACAACUCCUAUGGUGGUGCAUUGCUGCCCUUUUGCAGACCAGGACUGAGCCCAGAGCUGCAGGACCGGCUCUGACCUCCCAAAGGGCAGCAGCACACAGCUAUCCGUGUCU